AGCGGGGAUCCUCCUCUUCCUCCUCCUCUCCCACCUCCUCCCUGCAGCAAAUCUCUCUCUCCUCUAUCUUUAGCUCUGUACCACAGGAACAGUCAGCGGCUUAUCAUCGAUUGCCCCAGGCUGCCAUACGCGCUAUUUGAGUCGCUCCAAUCUUAAUUCGGGCCGGUUCGCCCCUCUCCAUCUUCUAAUCUAACUUACUCGACCUAACCAACGCAGAGGAAAUGACAGCCAGGAGCUUUUAUAUGCUGUCCUGGACCUGAGAAACGGUGAAGGAUGUUGUUUUUCCUGAGAGCCCGGGCAUCUCUCUGGCUGCCCGGGGUCCUGCUCUACGUCUGCGCAAUCCUCGCGGCCGUCGGUGCGAGUAUUCCAGCUAAGAAGUGCCCUGACCACAUAGACUGUGCCAGAAUGGGGCGUCACUUCUGCAAGCCUGGCUCCUCCCACUGUGGCGCCUGCCUCUCCCCAUUGGAGGAAGAUGAAGUGGGACACUGUGUUGCUCGUAGGAGACACAAACAGCACCACCUUGAAUUGUCUCGCACUGAGGUUGACGAAGAAAUCGACUUUCUGUCCUCUGUCAUCGCCAAGCAGCAAACCUCAAAAGUCAAACCAUCAGUUAAUCAUACCAUAACACAGUGUAUUUCAAAUUAUCAUCUGAUGCCACCACUCAUAAGAAUAUCCAAUUUUGUUCUUUCCUUAUGUAAAGAAUUGUCUCGCACUGAGGUUGACGAAGAAAUCGACUUUCUGUCCUCUGUCAUCGCCAAGCAGCAAACCUCAAAAGUCAAACCAUCAGGUUCAGAUUUACAAAAUCCAUCAGAAUCAAGACCAAACAAUGGGUCUCACUUCACUACUGCAAAACCAACACAACAGACCCUGAAACCACCAAAGUCUCUCACAGACUCAUCCAACCGCCAUGGGCCAAUCGUCAGCCCAAAUUCUUCCAGAGACGGCAUGCUAGUCUUAAUGAUCUCCUUAACCGUCAUUUUGGGGACUAUUGCUUUCAUCCUCGCUGCUGUCUGCUGGGUCCGAUCACAGAAAGAAACCUAUCUGGCUCAGAAGGUUGACUACCCUGCGUUUCAGACGACGGGCGCCAAUAAUAAUCACCCCUCUUCUGGGGAUAAUACUUUGGCUCACAGCGCUCAGAUGUAUCAUUACCAGCAUCAGAAACAGCAGAUGAUGUCAAUGGAGAGAAAAAAAUCAGAGCCUAAAGUCUCAGAUUCUGGAGCUACAUCAGAUGAAGAGAAUGAAGAGGGAGAUUUCACUGUGUACGAGUGUCCUGGACUGGCACCGACUGGAGAGAUGGAGGUGAAGAACCCUCUGUUUGAUGACUCCACCUUAAACUCCCAGAGAAAUCACAAGUGACCUGGAUCCACACAAACACACACCUGCAUACUUUUACAAUACGCACCUAACACACCUAAAGCAUUCCUCCAUAGGGUGACUCCCUGAUUCUGGAAAAAUCUCAGUUAACACCUCUCACACCGCCCCUCAAAACAAACCGAAGAGGAAAUAUACCUAAACUAUUAAAGAAAGAGAUAUGUAUUAAAUGCAGCAGUAGUUCAGAGUUUUUCAUUAAGAUGCAGAAAUCUGAACGAGUGCUAACACUGGAAACUUCAACUUGAUUGUUUGUUUCACAUCUUGCUUUCACUUUUUAUGACACAUUCCAGUCCUCUCUAGGGUUUUGCUAUGGAAAGCUUGUUUGGUUAGAUGUUUUAUUUUUGUUAAAUCAGUGUUUUUGUGACGCUGCCUCUUAAAGCACCCCUUUACAUUUUAUAUAGCGUGAUUAUUGUGUAUAACCAACAAAUACACAGUGGUCUCUAUCACAUUUACUUAUUUGUCUUUCCCAUUCGUCAGCCUUUGGUUGUAUUUAUCAAUGCUGGACUUAAAGGACAUAAAAUAUUCAAUUUUAUUUGAAUAUUAGCAUACAAGUAAUUCCCUGUUUUUCACUUUAGUUCUGUAAUUGUCCUUUCUGUUUGUAUGUCAUUUAAUGAAAUAUGAAAAAAAUGUAUCUGAUAUAUUUUCUGUCUAUCCCUCAGUAAAUAUCAAAAACAUUUUGUAUAAUGUUUAACACAAUGUAUUAUGGUUGUGGAAAACUUUUUAAAAUGAAACUCUUGUGCUAAGUCACUUUAGUGUAAAUAAAUCAAAUAAAUCAACAUAAACAGUAUAAUAUAGUGUUUAAUUUUAGUUUAUAGGACACACACUGAGCUAUUGUCUGGUGUGGUGGUAAUGGCGUAAUUGCAUAUGAGCUAUAAAACAAUACAAUUAAAUCAUACCAGCUUUACUUAAGUAACCUAAAUGUUAUAAUUCAAUUGUGAUACUAUGAACAUUUUAUAUUGUUUUUCUUUUUUCUAAUUGAAUCUAAAUUGAAUGCAUAUAUAAAUAAUGUAAAUAAAAUAUUUUAAAAGUGGUUAA